AUGACGGACAUCAUUGCCGGACAGGCUCCUCCUUCUCUAUCCGUUCCCUCGGAGAAGGAAAAGAAAUACGACCGCCAGUUGCGGUUGUGGGCAGCCAGCGGCCAGGCCGCCCUCGAGUCUGCCAACGUACUACUCGUGAAUUCGGGCUCGGGGACCGUCGGCGUUGAGACACUCAAGAACCUUGUUCUUCCCGGUAUCGGCAAGUUCACCAUCGCUGAUGAUGCCACCGUCACCGAGGCAGACCUCGGUGUCAACUUCUUCCUGGACGAAACCAGUCUGGGCCAAUCUCGCGCACAGAGUUGCACUGAGCUUCUCGUUGAACUCAACCCCGAAGUCCAGGGUGACUGGUACCCCCGGAACUCAGAGGCUUUCAAUAUUCAAAAUGUCCUGGGAAGGGAUGACCCGUUCACCAUCAUUCUGUACGCUUUACCCAUCGCCCCAGAGCAUCUCGAAGCGCUUGAAGCGUACAGCCGGAAACACAAAACGCCACUCGUCGCCAUCCACUCGGCUGGCUUCUACUCUUACUUCAGCAUUCGCCUGCCUGGCGUGUAUCCAAUCGUCGAUACUCAUCCAGAUGUGACGGCUACCACAGACUUGCGGCUUCUCGCACCAUGGGAAGAGCUGGAGGCUUUCGCCGAGGACAUGACCAAGGAUAUUGACAGCCUGGACAACCAUGAACACGGACACCUGCCGUUUGUCGUGAUUCUUCUGCACUUCCUCAACGUGUGGAAAGCUUCCCACGGUGGCGCACCGCCCAGCAACUACAAGGAAAAGGUUGAGUUCCGGAAGAUGGUGGCGGAUGCUACAAGAACGAACACACCCGAGGGUGGCGAGGAGAACUUCGAGGAGGCCGUCGCCGCGGUCAUCAAGACCAUUGUGCCACCGUCCCUUCCCUCUGCCGUGAGGGAGGUCUUCGAGUACAGACACAACAAAGAGGUCAGCGCGCAAAGAAUGAACAGAGAGGGAUUUAGACUGACGUGGACUCAGACUGAGGCGGCUUCCAGCUUUUGGCUCAUCGCCGCGGCGUUGCGGACCUUUUACGAGAAACACCAGUGCUUGCCUGUCCCCGGCGGUAUCCCAGACAUGAAGGCCCAGUCGAGCACGUACAUCAAGCUCCAGAACAUUUACAAGGCCAAGGCCCGCAAAGACGCUGCCGAGGUCCUGGAUUCUGUUCGCCAGAUGCCCGGUGGCGAAAGUAUUGAGCCGGCUGAGGUGGACCUGUUCUGCAAGAAUGCCGCCUUCAUCAAGCUUGUUGUCCCCGCAAGUGGAGGCGUCGACCAACUGCGCAGCCUAGCUCAGCAGGAACUCGUCAAUGACGAAACGAUGGCCAAGGAGGGUUUGGCUCCUUUCUCACUCCUGCCCAUCUAUCUCGCCCUCCGCGCAACGUCCCACAAGUCUACGGCCUCUCCAGAUGAGAUUCUGGCAUCCAUUGGGCACUUGGUUCCAGACGCCAGCGACAACGAGCGUGUCGUGCAGGCGGCCCAAGAAGUAUCUCGGGCUGGUGGCGGAGAGCUUCACAACAUCUCCGCGGUUGCAGGUGGCAUGGUGGCCCAGGAGACGAUCAAAAUCAUCACGAAUCAAUACGUACCCAUCGAGAACACAUGCAUAUUCGACGGUAUUGGAAGCCGAACCCAGGUUUUCCGCCUGUAA